AUCUGAAAAUAUCUGUUUAGGAUGAGAGUGACACUCGACAAGACGCGACCCUGACCACCAAUUUCUCGCGAUUUAACCCUCUGGCAAAGGGCGUGGGCGGCGUUGCACCGGUCCUGGGGCUGAGAUAAGGAGAGGAGCGUCCCCUGAGCACAUCGUUGGGACUUAGAUAAUGAGGAGAAGGAAAUCGUCGAGUGUGAAAUCUUGAGAAAGACAGUGUUGUUGUUUUUAUUUUUAUUUUUUUGUAUAAGCAGUGUGUGUUGUAAUUUUUUUUUUUUUUAAAGUCCGGGUUACUUAGAGAGUUUGUAAUAUUUUUCAUACACCGGAUCUUUCUCUCUGUUUGUUUUUUUUAUCAUCUAUUGCCCGGGUUUUCGUAUUAAAUAACCUCAGGAGUCGAGGGCUGGAACAUUGGACUAAUAUGAACAGGAUCUUCGUAUCAAGGUGAAGAUGUUUUGGAAAUACAAUUUUAGCUCCUCUGCGCAGAUAGAGACUCUCCUCCAAAAGGAAGAUGUCACUUUAUUCGAGCUUAUGGACGAGGAUGAGCUCCUCCAGGAGUGUAAGGCGCAGAAUAGAAAACUUAUAGACUUUUUGACUCGAGCCGAAGUCCUUGACGAAAUGGUGUACUUGGUAGUAAAUGAGCCUUCGGCAGAGGGUGAGAUGCAAAUGCGGUUUAAGUAUGCUAACCUUGCUGCAGAGCUACUCACAGCAGAUGUGCCAGCUAUUAUUGAUAAGUUGGUGGCUUCAACCAGCCUCUUAGAUAUAUUGUACAAAUUUCUAGAGAAAGAGAAGCCUCUUAAUCCGCUGCUGGCGUCCUUCUUCUCCAAGGUUCUAGGCAUGCUGGUUCAGCGUCGCUCCGAACAGAACUGGUAUUCCUAUCAGUUCACUUGCUUCCAGGUAUUGGACUUUUUAAAAUCCAAAGGUGAUUUUGUUGAACUGGCUGUACAACAUGUAGGGACCUCGGCUAUUAUGGAUUUGCUGCUCAAACUAAUCUGUAACGUUGAGGAGGACGAAAUCCGGCAGAGCGUACAUCAGUGGUUGAAUGAGGGCCAACUAGUAGAGCGGCUAGUAGACAAGUUAUCACCAGAUGCCGACCCAGAGGACCACGCCAGUGCCGACAAUCUCCUGUGCGAAAUUAGCACGUCCUGCAGGGACACAUCCACCGACGGACACCAGCAGACUAAUCCUCUUCUGGCGACUCUGGAAAGUGAAGACACAGUAAAUAAAUUGCUAGAUUUACUCCUCCACGAAGACCGGAACGACUCUUCACUUUCUCACGUGAUCAACAUCCUGCUUACUCUCCUUUCUGCUCGAACACAGCAGCAGCAGAUUCAGCACCAACAGCAGCAGCAACAAGGGUUGCAACAGUCUGUAUCCGUUGACUCAAGUGAUAGUGAAUCGAGCGAUGGGAGGAAAAAUGCCGUUGCAAGAAUUAUUGCCAAACGUCUACCAAGUCUUCAAAACAUUCUACUACACCCACCCAAGAAAGGGUUGUUACUUACUGCGUAUGGACAGGAAGUGGAGCCCCUUGGAAAUACCCGCCUUCAAGUCGUGACGCUGGUCGCCGCUCUCAUUGCAGUCAAUGACCCUGUUGUCCAUAAUUCACUCUAUGAACUUAAUACAGUUGAAUAUCUGUUGGACUUGUUUUUCAAAUUUAUGUUGAACAACUUCCUACACACCCAAGUGGAGCAGUGCCUGACCGCCAUUCUUACGAAGGCUCCAGCAGCAUCCUCUCCAGAAGGCGACACAGACCAUCGGUUACUCACGCAGCUCUUCAACGAGGGACGCAUCAUUGAGCGCGUUGUAGAGGCUUUUGACGAGUCCAGUGAAAGACAAGAAUGCAAACAGAUACACAAUCUUAAAGGUUACAUGGGGCACUUACGACAACUGGCUAACACCAUUGUACAGCAAGCAGAGUUCGGCCCAAAUGAACACCGCAUAAAGCAGCUAAUACAGGGCCUGCCUGGAGAUAAAGCCACCCAGUGGGACGAUUUUGUCUCGAAUGCGCUGGCAGAACUUAACCGCAAGAACAAAAUAACUCCUCUUCCGGUUCACGGGAUGCAUCAUCAUCUUGACUCUGAUGACGAUUCCGACGAUGAUACAAACUUUUUCCCACAAACCUUUGACAAUCCCGUGGUCAAACAGUGGAUCCACAUGCUUAGUGGUAAUUCUACUGCCGGAGAGCAUGAAUGGGGUUUGGCAACGGUUGAGGCAGACGAGACAGACGAGAGCCCACAGGUCCUGGAGGAAAAGCAGGAGGAAAUAGAGGAAGAAAAUGAGGUGGAGGAGAAAUGGACCCAGAAACCGGAUCAUGGAUUCAAGGAGAUGGACAUGGACGUCAUCGGUGACUUCCGUUACGCGGAUGACGAGUUCAAAGAUCCCGACGAUAACCUAAGCGGUCCUCUUCAGCGCCUCACCACUCAAGCCCUGGCUCUCUCUGGCGCAUCAGGGCUGGGUAGCGGCGCCCCGGCAGCAGGUCAGGCGGUUGAUGGAGGGGGAGAGGCAGGUGUGGGUGAGGACCACGACCUCUUUGAAGAAAUGUGUUCAAAUCGACUGCAUCACAUGAACGAGUUUGACGACAUGUGGAACGACAAGGAGAAGGAAAUCACCUUCAACCAAGAAGCGGUCCUAGCAGAGAACAGUGCAAAAGAAAAGGAGUCCUGUUCAAGCUCCGAUGACGAGGAUGAGGAAGAAGGCAUCAGAGGGUUGUCUUCAGGAGAAACCAAAAUGGAAGUGGAUCCCGAUGAUUGGGCUGAGGUGUUCGACAAGCGAGGUAGCGGGGGUGAAAAUGGAGGCGAUGAACCCGUGAACCCCUGGCAGUCAGCGCCCAUGUCUGACACCUCGGAAAACAGUGGCUGGGCAGACUUUGGUGGAAGUGGCUUUAGUGGUAGUGGUCCUGCAGACUGUUUUGCACAACCUAUCCACAAGCCCGAGACAUUUUCCGCAGAUUUCAGCUCCAACUUUGGAAGUACCGUGACUCAGGAAAACAGCUCAACCACUGCUGUUUUUGGUGAAACUGCUGCUUCCAACCAAGAGGCCUUCAAAGCUGACUUCUCAAAUAUAAACUUUGAUUCAGGAUUUGAAGCUAACUGUGAUGAUAAGAGUGCAGUCACUUCUACAGGGGACCCUCAGAAUAGUGAUUUGGAAGAAACAGAGACAGGAACUACUGAUAAAGAGGAGGCGGAAGACAAGGACGAUGAAGACCUCAUGGAGAAUUUCAACUUCCUAUCAUCUCGAGGGCUUAUGAAGAUGACUGGUGAGAACGCAGGUAUCAGUGACGCAGGUACAACACACGCCAUUCCCAGUGAAAAUGACGAGCAAACCUCAGGACCACCAAGCCCACCUCAGGGGGAGACACUACCAGAACCCACAGCACAAAGCUAGUUUCCAGACAAGGCUGAGGAGUGGGAGGGUCAACUGUAUGAGGAUGUAAAAAGAAAGUGGAACAACCACAACAGCUCAGGACUGCGAUGCCUGAAACGUACUUCCAAUUCAAAAUGCUCUCGAUAACCUCACAGAAACUCCCAUGGAAUUGCCUUUGUUUAGUUUUGUAUUUAUCGUAAUGGAUGUUGUCUCGACACAAACCACCCAACAGUCAUCGUUUCAUCAAUAUUAAAGAGUUCCAGUGGCUUAGUGAAAUGAAAUCCGGACUUCGCUUGUACGUGGUCGAGUUUUAAAUGUUACGGUCUUAAAGAAAGAAAAUUAAAAAAGAGUGCAUCUGUGGAAUUAAGGAGAUAGAUUUGGUUUCACUGAGCCACAUUUUUAGAUGUAUUAUGCAGUUUAGGGGAAUGUGCCUAGACAAGUUACACAGGAGAGCGGAGAUUUUUUUAUCUCCCUUUUCGCGUACUGGGUAACUUGCCAAAUCGUACUUGUUUAGAUAUUUUAUUCAAUGCCCUGUUGCUCAUAAAACAGUAGUAUUCUUUAUUGGUUUUUAAUGACUAGGAAAUAUACAGGUCUGAAAAUAGAUCAAAAACGAAUUAUACACGUCCACACUAGUGAUACAACUCCUGUAUUUUCAUUUUCCUUUCUCUCUUCUGUUUUUUCUCUCUUUUAUCCUUUUUUUUUUCUCUUCAUUCACUUUUAGAAACUAUUGCAACUGAGAGGAUCAGGAACUGUGUUUGUUCCAUAUAGAUUGCCGGAGUAAACCUGUUUGUAUUAAUGAGAGUAUGAUAUCCAGGAUAUUUCAUAAAGGCUGUACUGAUCUUCGAUUCAAAUCCGAACGAAAGAAUUUCUUCACUUGAGCUGACUUUGGGUAUUUGCCUUGCGUGAAGGAGUCCUGGCUGUUGAAAAAAUUGUGGUGGUUACAGUGACGCAGUAUUUGAAUUUUCGUUAUUGAGUAGCCUUUUCACUUGUCAGUAUGUUUCUCUCUUAUUUUUUCCUGUUUUUAUAUGGUUUUGUACCAGUAGAAAAAAAUAUAUAUAUGAAUUACAAAGACCCAUUUCAUGAUCAGAAGUACCUAUUUCAUUGUGAAACAUGUCCUCUGUGCAAAUGAAUUGAAUACGAAUGAAAGGCUAGCUAAAGAGCCGCCAUUGCUUGAUGAUAGGUAGUAGUCCAGCAACCAGAUCCUUCUAAGUACGCCGAUAUACCUUGAGUCUCAAAAUACAUGUUUCCAAGAUGAAUUACCACAUAAGAAGCUUAUUCACCAAGCAGACGGUUCUUAACCAAGACUUUUGUGUCAUUGCAGCAUAGUGAAGACUGCUGUCCCUUGUCAUCACUGAAACCUGGUGUAUCAUUCCAGUUUAGGAAUUUUUAAAAGUUAAAUGAGGAAUAGGGGACAUGCAUUAGUUAAGCCAAGUUGAAGAAGUAGGGUUUAGGUUUUUGUGUUAAUCAUUGUUUUGUGCUAUUGAAUCAAGUUGGUGAUACGUGUGUGAUUUUUAUUUGCAUGAGCUCACUAUAGGUAUUAUGUUCAGACUCUCGCUCAACUACAAGUAACCAAGAAACAUUCAGAGAUGUUUUUUAGACCCCAAUCAAUAGGUCUAGAAGAGCAAUAAGAAUCUAAACAUUCUACUAUCGGUGAAGUCCAUCGUGUCAAAGAGAUUCAGCUGAUCCAGAUAACGUGCAGCUCUCGUGUUUAGAAUAUUGGCUCCAAGGCAGAUCCUGGAGAUAGCUGACCUAUUCAUUCCACAAUACUUGGAAACCGUUUCUCCUCAAAUUAUGGUUAAAAUGAGGGGUGCAUUUCCUGUCUUCUACGGGUCCCCACUCUGACCAUUUACUCCUUGUCUGUGAAUAUUGUUUCCUAUUCCUGAAUAACAGAGGCACCCCUUUUGAUAUAGGCACUCAUACAGAUUUAAAAAAACCUCUCCACAAAGAGCAUGAGGUCAGUAAUGUCGUUGCAGAGGUUAACAAUGCACGAUGUCUGUCUGUGAUUGGUGGCAAAUGCCCAGUGUAGCAUACUUUUUAUCUUUGUAGAUAAUAUUAUAACUUCUGAUUUGGUGCUACUGUUUAUUUAUUGAUAGAUAAAUAUGAUCAUCAGUUAUUUGCCUUAAGUAGGGUUCACAAGAGACACUCAGCCUUUCUUGAGAAGUUGUAAUGUACCUUUUUCUGUUGCUUUGUAUAGUUUGAAGAUUAACUGUCAGAAUAUCUCGGAAAGGUUAAACUUCUCCCGGCUACCUUGUUUUGUGUAUAUUUCCUCUCGUUGAUGGGUACAACAUUCUGGUUAACGAAAGUUGUCAGUAUGGUGGUGUUUCUUGUGCAAAGAUGAAUCCUAAAUGCUCCUAGACAUUUAUCCUUCUCCAGGUUUUGCACUAUCCUUAUUAGUACAGAAGUGUUGGAACAUUAUAGUUUUGGUUAUUAUAAUCAACAGAUCCAGUUUUUGAGUGCUUAUUAUUAGCAUCAUCAGGCCCCUGACCUCUUCAAUUCCAUAUAACUGUUCAAGUAAUACAUGCUUUGGUGCCAGUGUUCAUUAUUUAAGUAUGGUAUGGUGAAUUGGUGAAAAUGGCAUUCCAGUUUGUCAUUACCAAGCAAACUUUUAGUCUAUUGUGAAUUCUUGCAGCAAUUUUCAAAUGUUGCUAAGGACAGGUAGUGAGGUAGGUUGCAUUAGCUUUUAUCAUAUUGCUCCACACGAGGCCAUGAGAUUCUUCUUGUGUCCUAUUGUAAAUGGAGUACUACUACUUGAUUGGUAUAAUUUUUACAAUAGCAUUCUUAUCGACAGUGCUUUUGUGUGUAUGGAAGUGUGGUGGCAUUGACAGCAAUACUCAUGCCAUAACUUGUAUGAUCCCUAGAGAAUCCAUUAUGAAGAUGUACAUAAAGGAUACCUUUCAUUAGAAA